AGAUAUUUCUUGGACUUGGCAAUCCUACCGGGAGGGGGGUCCAAACACCUCUUUUCUCCUGGUUUCGCCAUCCACCUUUUUGGUUAUAAACUUGCCCCGCCGUCCCCGCCCCGCCCCGCCCUUUGAAAUUUCCUUUAGUCCCCCAACGUUGACCGGGAGCCAGAGUAAUUUAAUAAAGCGGAACUAAUAACUGCUGCGGCAUCGGCUGCCCGGACUGUAAUUAUGAUGCACACCGUCCCUUCCCGAGAGAUGGACGAAAAUAAACGCGACCCCGUUGCCCUGCACACGAGCAGCUUCCUGGAUUUGUGGGCGCCGCCAUUUUUCUUCCAAGGGGGAGAACGAUGUCGUCCAACAGCACGGAGGUGGCUCCUCCAGCCCCCCACACGCCCCUUUUCGAGUCCUGCUGGAGCUGCCGCCUUCUGAGCGGCUUGGCGCUGAUCGGCUCCGGCAUCUGGGUGUAUCUGGGCUCUCGCAAGGUCAGGCAGCAGAGGGCCCCCCCUAACGUGUUGCACGUCGCCCAGAUGACUUUCGCCCUCGGUCUUGCCUACUGCGGUGUUCUACUGAUUGCUGACCCAUUUGAGAAACAGAAGCAGAAAGGGGAAUAAGCAGCUGGCAGAAGUUACCCACCCAUCUCUCCACACAGUACUGCUUUAUGCUACCUCCAGGAAAACUGUAACAUGUUGGAAAGAAGAAGCUCCAGAGGGCAGUGCUGAUGGUUGCAGCGUACCUGAAGAGCAGCAGGCCUGCUGGCAUCUUCCUCUCACUUUAAAAGGACUGUUUUGCUUUUCUGUUUCCAUACAGCCACUCUUAGGCUGCUUUAACCCACCUGGAGAGUUUUUGUGUUCUGAAUAUUUAUACUAAUAAACUAUUUUGUACAACCACAAA